UCUGUUACGUUGGAAUUUCCAUGGCGGCGCAGUUCUUCGAAGGAGCCGCGAUCUACUCUGGCGGAGAGGGCGGCGACGACACCGCCCCCCGUAAGCCGCGUUGGAUGCGUCCGGCCAAGCACCCCACCGCCGACGACUCCACCCCACCUCGUCCCGAUCCCGAGACGGUCCUCCUCGACACCCUGGCCUACAUCGACGACGAAGCAAACGCCACCACCGCCUCCGCAGCCAGGAGCGACGGGCAGAGCGAGAUCCGGGUGACCUUUUGGAUCGCUCAUCCGCCGCGCGUCUCCUACUUCACAAUCCACUGCCCUGGCCUCAAACCCGACGCGUUCCGUAAAUUGCCACGGGUCGUCGCCACGGAGGACAGCCUCGCCCUCCUCCGCGUCCCAGUCUCCCCGGAGCACAACCUUGAAGAAGACCGCAUUAACGAAUUUUUCAUCUACUGUGCCGGCACCGGCAACCAGCUGAAGCAGCCAACCCUCCGUCGGCUCCCUAACCCCGAUCGCCGCUACUACUCCGACAUAGAAGUUGGCAUCCUCAACUGCCGCCGCACAGAUGAUAGCUUCUUCCUCGUCGUGCUCCACUGGGAUCCCUUGACAACCCCUGUGACGCACUAUAUCCACAUCUUCGACUCGGAGACCUGGAAAUGGGACACCAAGCCCGUCAGUCUCAGUCCACCAGAAAGCUACUCCUACCGUAUUACAGACAAGGUGUUCACCAUCGGAGGAAGAUACGGCGCGAUGGGCUGGGUCGACCUCUGGCGCGGCAUCUUCAUCUACGAUGUUAUCCUGGGUGGCAACACCGUCGAUUACAAAGCAUUGCCAUCCUCGGGGGUGCUCCCUACACUUAAAGGCUUGGGUGAGACUGUUCGAGACAUGGUCAUGGUCAAUGGAUUCAUCAAGUACUUCUGUAUGUACAGCCCAGGCGUCGAUACCACCAACGUCAGUGAAGAUUGGGUUGCUUAUGCAUGGAGGAUGAAGUAUCCUUUGCAGCUGGAUUGGCAGCAGGACUGCCACUUGAAAGCUUCUGAGAUCAUGGACAACCAGAAGCAUUCUGAACGGCGCCUGAAGGAUAUGCCAGCAGACGGUGGAGAGAAGCCAACCUUGAUGCUCCGUGCAGGUAGUCCUGUUCUCAGCCUGCAUGAUGUUGAUGUGGUUUACAUCCACACAAAACCUAUGUACAGCGAUGAGAUGGCUUGGGUGCAUGCUGUCAACAUGAGCACUAAGACUAUACAUGGGAUUGCCGAGUUCAGUGCGGAAAGAACUGUUGGUUUCAUGUUCAAC